UCCACAAAAUCAUGAAUGUUUUAGCUUGCAUGUACGCCGUUACGUAUGCCGUUUGAUUUAUCAGAAUUUUAUCUGAAAAGCAGGAUAAAACAUCAACGGCAGCUAACCGUUUUAGAAAGUCGACCACCAGUUUAUCUUAGUAAGUUACCACUCCUCGGAUGGCUGGAUGGAAGGGGCAAUCGGAAUCGAGAAGGUAACCCAAAUUUCGGAAGGAAAUAAUUAGAGUUAGGGUUUCAAAAUGAACCUCAUAACUACUACUAGCACUCUGUCACUGAGCACUAGUUGUAGUAGUAACGAUUUUUGUUGUUGUAGUUAUGCCCCAAAAAUUCCACAUAAAUCCAUCUUCGGUUCUUCGUUAUUUCAUAGUGUAAACCGCAAUCGUCUCCUUCAAUACACUAUGACCAACAACAACAACAAAAACCCUUUAAAUCUGGUACGAAAUAGGAAAAGAAGAUCUCUCUUCAGAUUCUUAUCCUCCUCCUCUUCACCGCCACCACCACCACCACUUGAUAAUUCAACUACCACUCUUCCUCUUACUCCACCAUCCCCACAAAAGGAGGAAGAUGAUGUGUUACAAAGACAAGGUCCUGAUUUGCAAACAUUAUUUAAAAGAUUUUGGAAAGUUGCAUCACCUUAUUGGUUUUCAGAUGAUAAAGUUGAAGCUAGGAUACGUCUUGCUUCUGUUUUUGCUCUUACUUUAGCUACUACUGGUAUUAGUGUUGGAUUCAAUUUCCUUGGUCGCGACUUCUAUAAUGCCCUUGCAAAUAAGGAUCAAGAACAAUUUACAAAGCAGCUAAUGUAUUAUUUGGCUGCAUUUACUGGAGGAACUCCGGUCUUUGUAUUGAGGGAUUACGCCAAGGAAACGCUUGCAUUGAGAUGGAGAUCUUGGAUGACAAGUUAUUACAUGGAUCGCUAUCUUAAGAAUCAAACCUUCUACAAGAUUCAAUCCCAGUCCAUAAUUGAUAAUCCAGACCAACGGAUUGUAGAUGAUCUAAGUUCUUUUACAGGAACAGCACUUUCGUUUUCCUUGACACUCUUCAGUACUGCGGUAGACUUAGUAUCAUUUAGUAACAUCCUCUUAGGUAUAUAUCCUCCAUUGUUUGUUAUACUUAUUGCGUACUCGCUCGGGGGAACAGCAAUCAGUAUCUUUCUUGGCAGGGGACUUGUAAAUUUGAAUUUUCUUCAAGAGAAAAAAGAAGCCGAUUUUCGAUAUGGGCUUGUACGUGUAAGAGAAAAUGCUGAAUCAAUUGCUUUCUAUGGUGGCGAGGAGAAUGAGAUUCAGCUACUGCUGCAGCGAUUCAGAAGCGCUUUCGAAAACUUGAGUCAACUGUUGAUAUCUUCUCGAAAUCUGGAGUUCUUCACCAAUGGUUACCGCUACUUAAUUCAGAUUCUUCCUGCCGCGGUUGUAGCUCCCAUGUAUUUUUCGGGAAAAAUUGAGUUUGGAGUCAUCAAUCAGUCUGUAUCAGCUUUUAAUCAUAUACUUGGCGAUUUCUCUCUUAUUGUGUACCAAUUUCAGGCUAUCAGUGCCUUUUCAGCUGUCAUUGACCGUCUAGGAGAGUUUGAUGAUGUACUGGAUGGAAACUCUCAAUCUUAUUCGGAUUCCAUGCAAGGGAUCACCAUUGCGUACAGUGAUUCACGUGAAUCCUCAUUGCUGCAGUCUAAUGGGAUGGUUUCAGAUAAGUGUAUGAAGUUGCUGGAUGUAAAGAACUUGAAGCUAGAAACACCAAAAAGUAAAACUACUCUUAUCAGGAAUUUAUCGCUGGAGAUGGACAACAAGGAUCAUUUACUGAUCACGGGACCUAGUGGGUGCGGGAAGACAUCACUGUUAAGAGCCAUGGCUGGCCUUUGGAGUACUGGGGAGGGAAAAAUUACGUUCUACAUAAGAGACGGAGAAAAUCCACAACUAGCUCUCUCUCCCAAUACCUAUCCGGUUCCUACUGAGAAACUUACUGCACGAUACAAAGGCAAAAGAGCUAGGGGUAUAUUUUUCCUUCCUCAAAGACCAUAUAUGGUUUUGGGAACGCUUCGCCAGCAACUGCUUUAUCCUACAUGGAGUGAAAGCAUGAAUCCGAUGGAAAGUACUAAAUUCUCUGGUUCAAUGGCUUCGUUAUUUCAAGGACCAAGCCUUCCAGAUACUGAGAAGCCCGCAGAUGAUGAUCUUGUCCAGGUGCUAGAAGAUGUUCGUCUGGGUUAUGUAUUAUCUCGUUUUAAAGGACUUGAUUCUACGUAUGAAUGGUCUAGCGUACUUUCCCUUGGUGAGCAGCAACGCCUUGCAUUUGCACGUUUACUGCUUUCGAAGCCAAAGUUGGUAUUGCUGGAUGAAUCUACCAGUGCCUUAGAUGAAGAUAAUGAGGCUCAUCUUUACAAGCAAAUUGAAGCUGCGGGAAUUACCUACAUCAGUGUUGGGCAUCGGAGGACACUUUAUGAAUUUCACUGCAGAGUCUUGCAUAUAUCCAAGAUGGACACUGGCACAGAUUCUGAUGGUAGCCAAAGGAAUUGGCUUCUCAAACCCAUCAUCAAUCAAGACAGUAGUACAGGCUCAGUUGAGCCUGUCAGUUAGAAUGACAAGGGAACUUAGAUUCUGUUAACAAAGAUGCAAACAUUGAAAUGAUUCUGUAUCUUAAAAGUGUCUUCACCCACCGAUGAUGAAGAGGGUACCUCGUACACAACAAGGUGGUAGGUAGUCUUCUCUAAACUACCCAACUAGAUUGGAUUAGGAUUGCUCAUCAAUGCCUGGAAUAACUGUUUAUAUAUGAUUUAGUUGGGGGAUGAUAGUCUUUUUAUAUAUUGGACUACUCUUGUGAUCAGGUCGUUGCAGAUGUACACACUCGAUUGUAUCUCUAUUCUAUACUUGAAUGUAAAGUAUAAAGGGAUUAUUUUGCUGAUGACACCCAUAUGGAGGUUCCAAGUGUUUCUUUUCAUGACCCUCCAAAGAUUAUUGCAUUUGUUUUUCUUAUCUGCGCAA